UUUAAUUAACCAAUCAGUAAGAGCGAUGGAUUAAAGCCUAUUCCAUCUACUAAUAACAGUACUUAUAUCUUUUUCGUAUCGAUGUAAAGUGCAUUUCGUAAUACUCCGAACAACUUUGCAACAAAGAGUGUAAUUAUGAAUCGUACGUGGCGCACCCUAGCGUCGAAAGGAGGCAAAAUAAUAGCGCCAUUUUGUUCAGUACCCGUUGGACGCGUAUGUGUCGCGCUUCGUCGUCGCGUAGAUUUACAUGGCGCGUGUCUUUAAUGACUGUCAACAGAAAUAAUAAUAAUUUUUGCUAUUCGGUCACAGUUGCGAUACGGUCGUGAGUGGGUAGUGUUGUUUCAGAAUGAAGGGGAUAUAUUCGAUAAUAGGUGUGUUCUUUGUGUAGUAUAGCAAAGGUGAGAAGAACUCGAGAAAAUUUCAAGAGAGAGAAGGAUAAAAGGAGAAGGACUACGAAUGUCUGGACGAUCCUAACAGAAAAAGAAAUGGAUCGCAAAAACGUCUAUCAUUGGGACGUUGAAAGAAAAGCGAUCUUCAGAAUGAUUCACGAAAAAUUAUCAUCUCGGGAAGAAGCACUCUUCGUGCAGGAUUAGAAUAUCAAUUCGCAGACAAUAAUGCGUACUCCUGCUGAAGCCGAAAAGAUAUCCCAACCUGAGAUGUUUAAUCUUGAGUCUCAGGAACCAGUCACUUCAUCCGAAGUGAGCCAAGUCAUCUUAUCCACUUCUCAUCCAGAGGCACACAUAUUUACGAAUAGCAUGCUAUGCAUUCAGGAAGAGUUAGGUCAACUAAGUGGAAUCGCAGGAGGACCAAUUAUUAAUGAUACGCAAGUUCAAAUACACAAUAGCAAUCAAACGAAUUCGGACAGCAACAGUAAUUGUAGCGAGUUUGCAACCAAAUGUACCUCAGGAUCUGUUAGUUUAGACGCUCAAAGAUCGAGCUGGGUCGAAGGAAUAUUAGGAUGUAUGCGACCUGUAUGGACUAUGCUAUCAAAGGCUGCUGUCAAUGAAAAGAUUAAAGGACAUCAAACUGAUGAUUGGGAAAUACCAUUUGAAUCUAUUAGCGAACUUAAAUGGUUGGGUUCUGGAGCUCAGGGAGCAGUUUUUAGCGGUAAAUUGAACAAAGAGGUAGUAGCUGUUAAAAAAGUAAGAGAACCACGAGAGACUGAUAUACGGCAUUUACGAAAAUUAAAUCAUCCGAAUAUAGUACAAUUUAAGGGAGUGUGUACACAAGCACCAUGCUAUUGUAUAAUUAUGGAGUUUUGCCCAUAUGGACCUUUAUAUGAUUUAUUAAGAGCUGGAGAGCCAGUCCCACCUACCAGAUUGGUAUCUUGGUCGAAACAAAUUGCAGCAGGGAUGGCUUAUCUUCAUUCACAUAAAAUUAUACAUAGAGAUCUCAAAAGUCCAAAUGUUCUAAUAGGUCAAGGUGAGGUCGUGAAAAUCAGUGAUUUUGGUACUAGCAGAGAAUGGAAUGAGAUUAGUACCAGAAUGAGUUUUGCUGGAACUGUUGCAUGGAUGGCUCCAGAAAUAAUUAGAAAUGAACCUUGUUCUGAAAAAGUUGAUAUAUGGUCUUACGGCGUCGUACUUUGGGAAUUAUUAAGCGGAGAAAUACCUUACAAAGAUGUUGAUUCUUCUGCUAUUAUUUGGGGCGUAGGAAACAAUUCUCUUCAUUUGCCCAUUCCAGCGAGUUGCCCGGAAGGAUACAGAUUACUUGUGAAACAGUGUUGGUCAGCUAAACCUCGUAACAGACCUUCCUUUAAACAUAUUGAAAUUCAUCUUGGAAUUGCAGCUGUGGAAGUACUCUGUACAAAAUCUGAUGAAUAUUUUAAAUCUCAACAAUCUUGGAAAAAAGAAAUAAGAGUUCAUAUGAAACAGAUGCAAUCAAAUAGCUCUAGUAGUCCUCGAUUCGAGGCCGAUUUAAUUAGACGAAGGGAAGAUGAAUUAAGGCACGCUCAGGAUAUAAGAGAACAUUAUGAACGUAAACUUGAACGUACUAAUAAUCUUUAUUUGGAAUUAAGCGCUGUAUUAUUGCAACUGGAACAGCGUGAACGAGACGUGAUAAAAAGAGAACAACAAUCGGGAUAUAAGCAAUGUAAAAAACGUCUUGUACAUCCACUUUUGAAAGCACAGGAAAGAUUAUAUCGCAGAAGAAAUCCCACAAUACAGUUCUCAACCUCUUCAACUCCUACUACACCGUCGUCUCCUGUUGAUUAUCCAUUAAGCCCUGCUAAAGCUACCACUUUUACACAGUUGAACGAAGCGAAUCAACCAGAAACUGUAUUAGCAUCGAAUAAUAAUAAUUUUAAGCAAUGGAAAUAUAGACAUCGAAGAGUUGGAUCUGGUUGUGGUGCAAGCUGUAGUCCAAGAUCGAGUCCUCAUCGUGAGAGAAAGAGCAACGAAAUAAUGGCGAGACUGGUUGACAAUCAGACUCAAACAGACUUAAUGGAUAUAAGUGGAAACGUUGUGAAUUCCAUUAAAAAUUCAAUGAAUUCUUCAGUGACAGAAAAAUCUUUAAUAGAUGGUAUCGAUAAACAGUCUAUGGCCGAACAAUCUAUAGAAUAUUUCAAUGGGAAUCCAAUUUUGUCUGAAACUCAUUGUAAAAUGCAGUCUAGUUCUUGUUCUAGUCCAGACCAUGAGCAUGAAAAUAAUACGAAUGGAAAUGAACGAUUAGCAGACUGCAGUGACGAUGAUAAUCUUGAGACUCUCGGUAGAAAAGUGACGGAAAUUAUAAAUGCUAAUCGUCUUAUUUCACCUAUGGAUAAUGGAAAUUGUGAUGAAGUAAUAAAAUCACAUAGGGCUAAAGAUGAGCCUACGAAACUGCCAGCGAACUAUUGUUCCGUCGCGAGUACAUUAAAUAUAUCACAAGAACAGUCUGAGAAUAGAGUAAGGUCUUGUUCGGAAUUUGUAAAUACUCUAUGCGAUCGUGAAGAGGAUGAUGCUUGCGAGGAAAGUUGGUCUGAUGAAGAAGGAGAAGACCCAAAUUAUACUUAUAGUUAUACUCUUAGACGUAGAAGUAUUGCAAGAAGGCCAAUUGGUCCAGGUUGUAGAUUAAGAAGAUUUAAACAAGCAACCGUUAGAAUAGAAGGAGUAUUGGCCUCUGACGAGGAGAAUACUUCAGAAUAUUCACAUCCUCCGUCCAGUCAAUCCUCUACAUUAGAAAGUAAUCCUGACGUUCAAAGGGUCCUUCGCAAUAUUCAUCAUUCACAAAAGAGAAAAGGAAUACAUGAUGGAUCGGAUUCUUCAAGUCAAUCGGAAACGGAUGAAGUCAGUGAGAUUACUAUUGCAUCUCAACCAAACAAUGCUAACAUAAUAAGGUUGAAAAGUAAUAUAUAGAGUUCGUAUUAGUAUCAUUUUUACAUCUCAUUUAAGAAUGAUUUCCAAUAUAUAAUGUCACCUGCAAUAUUGGUCAUUUAAGUAAUCAUAUUUCAUCUAUUCUUAUUUUUUUACAGCUUAUAUUACGUAUUCCAGAUGCUUGUCUAUUUCAGGGUAUAUAUUUCUUAGAUUGUAUCGGCCAUGCAUAAUUUCUAAGUAAAACAAAAUCUAUAUAAUUUCAUAUAUAUCUAUAGAUUAUACAAAUAAGAUCGUAAUAAAUAGAAAUAACAAAUAUGCAUACAAAUAUAUAAAAUAAUAUCAGGACAGGAAUUUGAAUUUUUAUUAAGUUUUACCAUGUUUGUUAAAUUUUACAAUUUUGAAAAAAAUCAAUACAUUUAUUCAAUUCGUUCAAUUCUUUUUCUACAAUCGAUAAUUCAAAUCAUCAAAGCUAUGAGGAUGUAUUUAUUUAGCAAUUGAAUAUUGAGACAUCUUUUUUAUAUCAUAGAUAUAGAUCAUAUAUAGAAAUUUAUGUAUUUAGUGCAUCAGGUUGAACGCAUUAACAAUGUAUACAUUAUGAUUUACUAUUGAUGAUUUACUAUCAGUAAAUCAUCAAUUCGUCAAUUCAUCUUGUUCCAUACAAGAUCAUUUCAUUUCUUUAUGAUUAUUUCCUUUAUUUAUAGUUCCUUUGUGUUGUAUAACGUAAAAUUGUACCUUUGUAAACGACGUGGAAAUAAUUUUUUGACAUAAGUUCAACUGAUAUAAAGAUACAAUUAUAAAAGUAGCUUUUCUUCUAGUAUACCAAAUAAACAUUGUCUUUGGUAAGUCAUAAUCAGUAAUGGUACAAUGCGAUAAGACUUUGGAUUAUAUAUCCUGUACAAAUAUCUGAGUGCAUUAACAAAUUGAUCAUUCCAGUAAUUUGUAUGAUGGGUUUAACAAAUUUAUUUUGUAUAAACUAUUUAGAACAAUAUCACAAUUUCAUUAUGAAUAGCAUGCGAAAGUAGAUUAAAUAAUAGUAUGUUGCAAAUGUUUUGCAUAGGAGCAGAGGUUUCACAUUAAAACGGAUAAUGAAAGUAUUUUUCACGAAUAACGAAGAGAAAAACAAAUGUUAACGAUAAUUAGAUAAUUAACGUGACACGAGUACUGAUGGCCAUUUGUAUAAAGCGCGUCAAUUUAUAUAAAUUCGAAAAGAUAGUUGCUAUAUAUAUAUAUAUAUAUAGAGAUAUAUGAAAUAUAGUCUUUCAAAAUAAUUCCUGAAACAUAAUAUGGCAUCUAAUAGAAUUUUGAUUAUUCGAAAUAUUACAUUUAAGUGUAUAAACAAAUUGAAAAGAACUUAUAAUAAAGUAUUAUUAUUAAUUUAAUUAAAAUAUUCGUAUAUUUUCAAUUUUUUUAAAAUAAUGAUUGAAAAAAUGAUUUCCUUUAUAAAUGCAAUAACAUGAUAAAGUUGAGUAUUGUCAUUGAAUUUGAUUAUCCGAAAAAAUGCUUCAUUUAAAAGAAAUCAAUCCCGUAGUAGUUUCGGAUAAUCGAAGUUCUAGGUAUAUGUUCUUACAUGAUUCUAAAUUUAAAGAAACACCAAUAUAAAAUGGAAAAAAAAGAGAUAAAUAUAAAAAGAGAGAAUAAAUAAGAGCUGAUAAAAGCAAUAUAUAUGUACAAUUGUCAUUAGAGAUAUAACGCGCGGGUGACAUAUUCAAUAUUAGAUAUAUAUAUAUACGCACACAAAUACACACACACACACAUACACACACACACAUUGUACUUAAUUGUUUAUACUCAUUCUGUUUCCCAAAGCAGAUAAUUCAUGCAUUUUUCCUAAUUUUUAGUCAUUAGAUCAUCGUUAGAACGAAAUAAUGAUUCUUAUAUAUAUAUAUAUAUAUAUGUAUAUAUAAUAUAUAUAUGUAUAUAUAUAUAAAAUAUUGAAAUCCGUCAUUUUAGUCUAGCUUACCAUUUAAAUAAAUCAUUUUAUAUAGAAAAAUAUAAAAGUCAUAAAAUCUGAGUUCAGAAACAAAUUUUGAUGAUAGCGUUUAAUUGUAUUCUGACGAUAUACUCAUUCUGUCAAAUUACAAGCAAUGAAAUUAUUACGCAGCUCUCUUAUACGCGUCUGACUGUAAAAUAUAGUUUACUCUAUAUUUUACAACGUAAUAUUUCGCAUCCAUCUAUUGUACCUGCUUUGAAACUCAGAUUGCCUUAAUGACAAUUAUUAUAUGUCUGUAAAUAUGGACAAUACAAUGUAGAUUUAAAAGAAUAGUACUUUAAAAUAAUAGGCAAUGUAUUGAUGUGCUCAAUUGAUUAAGAUGAUUUAUAAAGUGUGUAGAGGUAUACUUUGUAUAAGAAUUAUAUAUGUUGUAUUCAACAUAUUUAUGCUGAUACCUACACACAUGUGAGUGUGUACAUUAUCCCUUUCCAUGCAUUGGCAGCUAAUUUGAUUAAGUCUAUUAUUCUUUGAUAAUAGAAAAAUGCUACACAAAAAUUAAUGUUAUGUAUAAUAAAGUUCAUUAAUACGGCCUAA